UCGCGUACCGCGGCCAUCCCUAGGUCUGCGAUACUAUUUGUGGUUAUUUUAUGCGCGCGCUAAUGCAUGCCGGCGUUGGGCCAAAAAGUUUGAAGGUUGCCAGCAAGGGAACCACUCAACCAGCGGCAAGGGAACCACUCCGACUUCGUAGAUAAGCGCUCCAAAGGCCAAGAAAGAAGCGAACAUGAUAAGCCUAAUAGUGCCACUGGCAGCGACGGCCAUACCCAUUUGCGCCAUUCUCUUUGUGACCGGCACGUUUCUGUUCAAGGGAUUCCUCAGUAUUCGUUCCCGCUACGACGCCCGCGUGAAUUGCUGGUUCUGCAAUGGCAACGCCCGGGUGCCCUACGCGGAUCGCAACAGUUGGACCUGCCCGAAGUGCGAGCAGUACAAUGGGUUCACCAAGGACGGGGACUACAACCGGGACAUGACCUCGCAGCGGGACUGCAGCGUCGGCUCCCAGAAGAACAGCUCCCACGGCAGCUCGAGCAUCUGCGCGAACUCCUAUUACCAGGAGCUCCUGGCUUCGAAUCCUCCAGAGCCGAAGAAUGGCCUGUGCGACCAGUGCAAUGAGGCCCAGCGCCUGAAGGUCGAGAAGCUGUCGCAGUUCGAGCCCAAGAACGAGUCGCGGUUCGACCAGGAACUUAAGGUUUACCGAGAUCAAUUGGAGAAGCAGUUCCGCCUGUGCAGCAGCUGCGAACGGCACGUGAACAAAGUCCUGCACGAGAAGAAGAAAAUGGUGUUGAGCUCCAAGUUCCUGAACUACAUCAUCAAGGGGGCAUCGCUACUAAAGCAGCCGCACUUCAAUCGCUUGGCCAGUGCCCAAAAGCAGUACAAGCUGCAGCGAUACCGCGCUCUAAUGACCAUCCUGACCGUGGUCAACAUUCUUUGCCUGCUCUGCCGCCUGCCGCAUGCCACAGCCGAUCAGUUUACGACAUUUCUCGGAAAAUUCGUUGGAUUAGCCCUGUUCUAUGCCUACUCCCAUGUGCUGGCCUUAAUUCGCGUACUGACCUCCAGCGCGGGCAUAUUCCUGGAACAGCAAGAAACAACAGCUAAACUAUUGCUGUACUGUCGUACUUUUGGCAAACUACUGCUGUAUUCCGUGGGCUUAAGCCAUCAGCAAGUGCAGCAGGCCACCUUUGCGUCCUGCUUUAUUGGGGUCUACCCAUAUGCCAUGUUGGUCCUGAGUUUCCUGCACAAGAUCAACGACGGGCUGAAGUUUACGCGAUUUACCAUUGCUCUACUGCUGUGGAGUGCGUAUGCCACAGGAACCGAACUGCUGGCUCCUCAUAUAGAUGGAAUCUCUUUUAUACUACUGGGCAGUGUUUUCACCCUGGUUUUGUUGAUCACCAACCAAUCCAAUCUGCUCAGUCAGACGAGUCAGGACGAGUCCGCCUGCGAGAGUUUCCAUCGCCUCUGUGCGGACGAAUGUGACGAGGAAACGCUGAGCAUGCUUAGCCAGCAGUUAAGCGGGUGCAGCAAUACCAGCAAUGGGAAUCUUUCCCUUCCCUCCGCCUCCGUUUGCCACUCUCCCGCUCCCACAAUCUCGCAGCGAACAAUUCAGCCGCCCGCUUCUCUGUUGUCUCUGGAUUCGUUGCACCUGUCGAAGCAGCGGAUGGAACAGCAGGCCUGGGCCUCGAACUAUGGAGGAGCGUCCACAGUGGUUUCCCCGCAGGCCCAACAUCCGAUGAUGUUCCAACAGAAACCGAUGAGGCCAAUGGAGUCGCAAUGGUAUCGUCCUGGAUACGGUAACAUGGCCCAAAGCCAGGUUUUUAACAGAUCCUCGCACAAUCUGUUGAUGCCAUCGCGAUUACCUGCCUUGAGCAGGAAUGUUGGCGGCGCUGAUGUAGGCGCCUGGGUGGCGGCCAAUCAAAGUAUGAACCAGGAUCUUAGCACUGCCAGUCUUAUGAGACAUUACGAGGACAAACAGCAGCAACUCUCGCGCACUUCGUCCCAAUCUUCCGGAUUCGAGUCGCAGCACCGGCCAGAAACGCAAUGGGGAACAGCUCCUCCGACCAUAAGGGAUUACGGCUGGUCCGAUAACCGGGGAAGUCAACGUAACCUGGCUGCUUUCCCGCCCCUAGCAUCGCCCACGCCCACAUUGGCGCCCAGUGAAUUUCAGUGCGCGAGAACUACAGUGCCGCAGCAACAACCGACCAUUCAGCCUGGUGAUUUACUUAGAAAAUGGAUCGAGGCUAGUUCCAAAGCCACACAGCCAAUCCACUGAAAUGUGAUAAAAAUACAUAAAUGUCUAGGAAAUCAGAGGCGAAUUACAAGAUCUACUGAGAUCACAAAGACCAUAGUGAUUCUUAAGAUAGCGAAACAAAUCACAGCCAGCUAGGAAAUAUUACAAAUUUGACUUAACUUAAUUAUCCUCUAACUUAUUGCUUUUGACUAUCAGUUUUUAAGUUUUCUAUUUUACCAGGAGUUCAUCCUUUCUUUACAUGCUAAUUAUACAAAUCAGUUUCGUGGUACCAACCUAGGGACCCCUGAUAAAAGGUGGAAAAAGGGGGCUAGAACUACAGUAAAAACUUUAGUUAUGUAUUUAAUUGAGAAUUAUCUUAAACAGUCUGUUUUUAUCGUUAACUGAACUCAGCAGGAGAUUCUCCUAAAACUUUGUGACUAACAUAAUUUAGGUAAAUUGUUUAUAUAGAAAUGGAUAUUUUUUGAAAUAAAAGUGGAACAAAACAUUAAA